AUGGCCGGGGCCUACGAGCGCGUGCCGUCGUCGGCGGAGGAGCCGCCGCGCUCCGCGCGGCGCCGGCGGCUCGGGGGCCUCGCCGCCGCCGCCGCGCUCGCCGCCGCGCUCGGCCUCCGGUCGCGGCCCGGUCCGGAGGCGCCGUCGCUCCGGUCCGCCGGCGCCCUGCGCCCGUCGGCGGACCUGAAGCUCAAGCUGGAGAACCCCUACGAGAAGCGGCUCGGGCGGCCCAUCGGCGACGCGCUCUACCCCUUCACGAACCUCGUCGACGUGAGCCAGGUCACGAACAUCUCCCUCAGCUCCGGCGAGCCCUGCCGGUGGGUCGUCAACGGCAACGCCGCGGACGGCGGCGCCGCGGCGCCCUGGUUCGAGCACGCCUUCGACUACGUGGGCACGCACGAGAUCACGGCCGUCCUCGCGGGCGGCGAGAACGCGACCUUCGACGUCGUGUCGCGCGUCGUCCGCCGCGAGCUCCGGGAGCUGAGCGACGGCGAGCGCGCCAAGUACUUCGGCGCGCUCUUCACGGUCUACGCGCUGAGCGACGACGAGGGCCGGGCCAAAUACGGCGGCGACUUCGUCUCCGCCGCCUGGCUCGUCCGCGAGCAUUUGUACGGCGCCGCCGACAAGGCGUGCGACCACUGGCACGACGACGCGGGCAUCAUGAACCACCACGUGGGCAUCACCUGGCAGCUCGAGAACUCGCUCCGCGCCGUCGACGCGGAGACGGCGGCCCACUACUGGGACUACACCAUCGACGCGCGGAAGCUCGACGACAACUGGCGCGCGAGCCCCGUCUUCGACCCGACGUGGUUCUCGCCCGCGACGACGAAGACGAACAACGAGUCCAUCGUCGACAAGGGGAGGUUCGCCUUCACGCCCGUGCUCGACGCGCGCAACGCGGGCUACAGCAACCAGACGAACCCCUACGGCCUGCUGCGGUCGCCGUGGAACGUGAACAAGGUGCCCUACCUCCUCCGCUACGACUACGUGCUCAGCGACGAGUACGACGGCUACAUGACGUUCCCCAAGUGCUCCCAGUUCCAGGCCUACCUCACGACGAGCCAGUGGAUCGGCACGCUCUUCAGCGCGCUCAACGGCGAGCUCCACGGGCCCGUGCACAUCAUGGUCGGCGGCCUCUGGGGCAUGAACGAGAAGGAGUGGGUCGCGCCGCUCGCGGAGAACGAGGACUGGUUCCUGCUGGCGUCCAAGUACAUGUGGCGCCAGGGCUACGUCCGCUGCCCGGAGACGUGCUCCAUGGACGCGCCCGUGGCCGACUGCUUCUGCGAGUGCCCGAGCGACGUGCUCGCGGGCAUGUCGUCGACGGAGGCGCUGAACCGGACGGGCGUGCUCGGGCUCUUUGGCGGCGACGCGUCGACCUUCAACUCCUACGGCAUCUCCGACGACCAGCUCCUCUCCGAGCUCUGCCACGUGGGCCUCCCCGGCGAGAUGUUCACGUCGGCCGCGCCGCAGGACCCCAUCUUCUGGCCCCUCCACGGCAACGCGGAGCGCUUCCUCCAGUACAUCCGCCUCGUCGCGGCGACGGGCGUCAUCGACCUGAACGAGACCUGGGGCUACGAGCACGUCUCCGACGUCGCGUCGGACACGGGCGUCGUCUGCAACUGGGACAACGCGACGGGCACCAUGGGCAUGCCCCACUGCACGCGCGAGACGUGCCCGGGCCACCGGAGCGACGACCUCCUGCCCUUCAACAAGCUCACGCCCGUCCAGGACCGCCUCUACACGAACCUCGAGUUCUACGACAAGACGGGGCCGGGCAGCCCGCUCCUCACCUACGUCUACAACUCCCUCUCCUACUGGCCGGGCUGCACGGACGACAUGAUGAUCGUCACCGACGACGGCGACAUCGACGACAGCAUGGACGACGCGUCGAGGCCAGGUGGAGGCGGCAAAUUUUCGGUGUUGCAGGGCACUUUUAAAACUUAUUCAGACGGCGCGAAGCGCCGCGACGGCACCGCGCUGUUCUACGGCGGCGAGUUGGCGAGGAACAAGCGGCUGCCGUGCGUGCUGAGCGUCGCGCCGAAGACCGGGGUCGUCUGCGACGCGCCGCUCUGGACCGAGUCCGACGAGUUGGACGCGACGUCGUUCUGCGCGGGCGCGAAGCGCGGGGAGGAGUUCUUGUUCUUCGGCGGUCUCGACCGCUACUUCCGCGUGACGAGCCUCUUGCGAUCUGCGGUCUCUCUUCGCAAAAAGACCGGCACGUCGACGGCGAAGAAGUACUUGUUCCGGAGCUACAAGGCCUCGGACGACACGCCGUCGCCGCGGUACGGGUGCUCCUUCACGUAUUUCGCGGAGUCGGGCGAGAUGUUCCUCUUCGGCGGCUUCACUGCGUCGCAGGCCGGCUCGCUGGCCGUCGUCGCGGACGACGCGAAGCUCUACGUCCUCUCUUCGAGAGACGCCGACGCGGACCCCUGGGAGCGGACGAGCCCCGGCGCGUGGUCUGCGGUCGGCGGCGCCACCGGGACCGGUCCCGGGCCGCGGGGCCUGCACGCCUGCGUCGCCGUCGGGUCCGCGCUCCUGCUCGGGGGCGGGCUGUGCGGCCCGAAAGGCCCGCUCUGCGCCGAAGAGGUCCACGCCUUUGACGUCGACGCCAAGGUCUGGAGCACGCUCGCCUUCGACGGGCCCAGCGUCCUCGUCGAGGCCGGCGCGGACCUCGACGCGGGCCCGCCGGACGGCCGCGGCGGCUCCCUGAGCCCGCUGCUCCUCGCGGUGCGCAAGCGGAAGCUCGACUGCGUGCUGCUCCUCAUCCGCGCGGGCGUCAAGGGACUCGGCGACGGCGCGUUCCUCCGGGAGGCGCUCCGCGCGGGCGACAGCGACGCGGCCGUCGCGCUCGUCAAGGCGGGCGAGGACCCGGAGCUCGCGGACCCGGAGACGGGCGAGUGGCCGCUCUACGUCGCCGCGGCCAAGAACCUCGUGCGCGUCCUCGAGGCGCUCCGGGCCGGCGGCCGCGCGGACAUGGCGCGCGUCGGCGGCGACGGCGGGGCGCUCGACCCCGCGCGCGCGGCCGCGGCCGCGGGCCACGGCGACGCGCUGCGCCUGCUCCACGUCGCGGGCGUCGACCUCCGCGCGCGGUCCCGGGUCGGCGACUGGACCAAGCUCAUGCGCAAGAAGAUCAAGAACGCGAUCCGCGCGGGCCUGUGCGCGGGCGACCUCGAGCUCCACGUCCUCGACGACGCGACGGUCGCGGAGCCGCCGCCGCGCAAGGCGACGGCGCCCGAGCCGCCGCCCGGCGCCGCGCACCGGCCGGCCGCGCCCCGCGGCGGCGUCGCCGUGCCGUCGCUCCCCAACGUCUUCUCCGCGGCCGGGCUCCUGCUCCUCCUCGCCUUCGGCGCCGCGGUCGCCGCCGCGAACGUCCGGGGCGGCCGCGUCGCGCGCGACCGCGCGGUCGCGGCGCUGCUCCGCGACGAGGCGCCGGCGGCGCCGCGGCGGCACCGCGGCGUCAAGGUCCGGGCCCGCGCGGACCGGGAGCGGCGGAGCCCCAAGGCCGCGAGCCCGAAGGCGGCGCCCGCGCGGCCGCCCGCGGCGCCGCCGCCGGCCGCGGGCCCGACGUCGCCGCCCGCGCGCGCGGAGCGGCCGCCGGCCGCGCCGGCCGGGGCCGCGCCGGCGCCGCCGCCGCCGCUCGAGCUCCCGCGCGCGGCCCUGCCGCGGACCGCGUCGCUCCUCGCGGCCGACCCGCUCGGGCCGCGCGCGUGCGCGGCCGAGGCCGCGGCCGCGGGGUCCGUCUUCGGCGCGCUCACGGCC